AUGACGACCUCGACCACGGGUUUCCUAGCGUCUUUGCUCGCUUCUUCAUCAACAGGAGGCACAGCCGCGACGCCGUUUGCGCGCGGUAAUAACCCGCUAUUUAGUGACCAGACGACGGACGGAGACGACGACAGCAUCUGGAAUAUCCUCGUCUCGUCAUCCGUGGACCGCGUGCGCAGUGCAAUUGACGGAGUACAGUCCCCGCAAGAAAAGUUGCGGUUGAUUCUGGAGGAGCGAGAGAAGCUGGAGGAGCAGCGCAAGAAGGUCGGCGCGCCGGCGGGACCCAUCGUGCCUAGGAUAUCUGAGUGCAAUGCACCGGCAGCACUGGAAACUUCUCGACCACAGCAACAACAGAACCCACUCUUCGCCACAGAACCUACUUCAGACUUGAGAAUGGGACUACGAAGAGAGCCGGCUGAAGACGAUCUGUGGAAGCUGUUGAUGUCAUCGUCCAUCGACUCGUUCAGGCGGGUAACGGACCUGGAACUGUGA